GGAGUCGCGAGGACAGCGGAGGUCGGCCGCGCUCGAGGCGCCGCCGCGAGCCAACCGAACGAGCACCUGCCGGCAAACAUGGAGCGGACGGCGCACUCCGAGGAAACGAACGGGAGCGUCAAAAGCGAGAGCGUUCGCGACGGAGAACGCACGCAGGACCCGCACCUGCUUUGCUGCGGCUCGUGCUUGAGGCGCGCGCGCGCCUUGAUGCCGCUGAAGUACAAAGAGGAGAUGGUCCGAAUCGUGCAGCUGGCCGGACCCGUGUUCAUCUCCCAGCUCAUGGUUUUCAUGAUAAGUGUGGUCAGCACUGUGUUCUGUGGCCACCUGGGCAAGACGGAGCUGGCUGGGGUGGCUCUCGCCAUCGCUGUGAUCAAUGUCACUGGAAUCUCUAUUGGCUCUGGCUUGUCAUCUGCUUGCGACACACUCAUAUCUCAGACAUUUGGGAGCAAAAACCUGAAGCGCGUGGGUGUGAUCCUACAGCGGGGGGCGCUCAUCCUGCUGCUGGCAUGUUUCCCUUGCUGGGCUAUGUUCAUCAACACUGAGCCCAUCCUCCUUGCAACACGGCAGAAUCCUGACGUGGCCAGACUCUCACAGCUGUACGUGAAGGUGUUCAUGCCUGCCCUCCCCGCAGCGUUCUUAUACCAGCUUCAGGGAAGAUACCUUCAAAAUCAGGGCAUAAUAUGGCCACAGGUGGUCACAGGGGCAGCAGGCAACAUUUUGAACGCCUUGAUCAACUACAUCUUCUUGCACUUAUUGGACCUGGGAGUAGCUGGGUCGGCCGCAGCCAACUCCAUCUCCCAGUUCUCCCUGGCUGUGUUCUUGUACAUCUACAUCCGGUGGAAGGGUCUGCACAAAGCCACGUGGGGAGGUUGGUCUAUGGAGUGUCUCCAGGAGUGGGGCUCCUUCAUCUAUCUGGCCAUUCCUAGCAUGCUUAUGCUUUGUCUCGAGUGGUGGACCUAUGAGAUUGCAGGAUUCCUUGCAGGACUGAUAAGUGAAGUGGAACUUGGUGCUCAAUCUGUGAUCUAUGAACAAGCCACUGUUGCAUACAUGCUCCCUCUAGGCUUCUCUGUGGCCGCCACUGUCAGGGUGGGCAAUGCCCUUGGGGCAGGGAACACAGAGCAGGCUAAACUGUCUGGCAAGGUAUCCCUGUUGUGUGCAGUUAUGGUAUCCUGUUUCACAGCGGUGACCUCUGGAUGUUUGAAGAAUGUGAUUGGAUAUGUGUUUACAACCGAUAAGGAAAUCAUUCAGAGGGUCUCGAAGGUCAUGAUCAUCUACAGCGUUUUCCACAUAUUUGAUGCCACCGCAGGUGUGACGGGGGGAAUUGUGAGGGGUGCAGGGAAGCAGAUGAUUGGUGCACUGUGCAGCCUGGUGGGGUACUACUUUGUGGGCUUCCCCAUCGGUGUGUCCCUGAUGUUUGCAACCAAUAUGGGACUCAUGGGGUUGUGGACAGGCUUCUGCAUCUGUGUGUUCUUCCAGUCAGCCUUUUUCAUCCUUCUCCUAGUAAAGCUGGACUGGAAGAAGGCUAUGGAGGAGGCACUUGUAAGGGCUGGUGUGCAGGUAUCCCGUCCACCUUUGGAAGGAAGGGAGCGGCCUCGUUCUGCGAACAAACGCGUCUCCAUCCAAACUCUGCAACUGGAGCCGAUACCGGAGGUGAGCCCCGAGGUGGACCACGCGGAUGUGGAGGUUCCGAGCAAGUCCGUUUACGAAGCGGGGGAAGAGCCGGUCCUCAGCACCAUCGGAGAGGUGCUGUCUGUCCGGCAGCUGGUGCUGCGGCGGGGCUUGGCAGUCUUCUGCAUGCUCCUGAUCCUGGGAGGAGGCAUCGCUGCCAACAUAUUCCUCACUCCUCUACUUAGCAGGUCCUCGGACUCCCCGCCCCAAAACCCCUAAACUGCCGCGUUCUUCCUCCCCAUUCCUUUCUCUUACAUUUUAAUCGCCCCCCCCCCCCACCCUUCAGAGCUUUAAGCUGGAUGAUAUUUAUAUUCCUGCCAUGCAGAUCUUUGCCUGUGUUGGCCUUAUCGUUCAGGUGCAAAGCCAGUUCUUAAUGUGGAUGAGCUGGUGACUUAACCCUUAUAAAAAAUCCAUUAGCAGUAGAUCCUGCUGAUG